CGACAAGUCUUUGUGCGAAUGUUUUGCAGACCCCAAGGGCCUAUCGCAUCUGGUUGUGGGUGUUGCCCCGCAUUAAUAAUUUAUGGGGUUAAUGUACAGUCGAGUCGCGAUAAGUCGAUUCGCGAUAAGUCGAUAAUCGCGACGAUACUUUUCUUCUGCACGAAUUAAUUCCUCAUACGAUUCGCGAUUCGCUCGAUAUCGACCUCAAUCCUCCUCAUAUCGACUUAUAGAUCGAAAUAAUGCCUCCAACUCGACUGCAUACAAUGAAGACUGAGCAGCGUCGCGCGCUCAGAAGCUGGUCUCAACAAAAUCCUCGGCCUACCCAGAAAGCCUGUAUUGAGUGGUUCUUACAAACAUAUAAUCACCGCCUUACCCAGUCAACAGUCUCUGAUUCCUUGAGCUCUCAAUUUGCUAGCCUUGAUAGCCCGACUUCAAGCAUCUCUCCCACUACCCAACGGCGAAAAGCUGCUGCUUGGCCAGAGCUUGAGGCUGCUCUCUUCGACUGGCAGAAGCGUAUUGACGAAAGCGGAGGGAUAACAACUGGGGAUAUUCUACAAGAGAAGGCAAAACAGAUCUGGCAGUUGUUACCACAAUACAAGGAGAAGCCUAUACCAAACUUUAGUAUUGGGUGGCUUGACAAUUUCAAGAAGCGGUAUCAGAUCAAAAGCCACAUUAGACACGGCGAAGCAGGUUCAGUUUGUUCAACUACAGAAGACGAGAUGAAGGCUAUCCAAACACUAGCAGGAGACUUUAAAGAGGAGGACAUCUACAACAUGGAUGAAACAGGGCUCUACUGGAGGAUGACACCAUCGAGGGGCCUCUCAUCACAAGUAAGGCCUGGAUUGAAGAAGGAUAAGACACGCAUUACUGUAGUAGUCUGUACAAAUGCUACAGGAUCAGAUCGAUUCCGCCCUUGGUUUAUUGGCAAAGCAAAAGCGCCACGCGCUUUAUGAAACGUUAAUAUUUCAACAAUGGGAGGAGAGUGGAGAUGGAAUAAGAAGGCAUGGAUGAAUCAAUACAUCAUGGCCGAGUGGCUACAAGCGUUUUACCUCCACAUAGGGAGUUCUAGAUCUGUGCUCCUUACAAUGGACAACUUCCCUGGACAUACUGCAGCUAUUGAAAUUGCUCCUCCGCCUUUGAAUAUCCGAAUCAUAUGGCUACCUGCAAAUUCUACAAGUCGAUUCCAACCACUUGAUCAAGGCAUUAUUGCCUCUCUUAAAGCCCAUUACCGUCGACAAUGGCUUGAAUUCAUGCUCGUGUCAUUUGAGAACAACAAUGACCCUCUAGAUUUCAUGUCUCUUCACCUUGCACUUCGUUGGAUAAUCCGUGCUUGGUAUCAUGAUGUCACAAACACAACUAUUUACAACUGUUUUCGCAAAAGCACUAUUGUUGCUCAUCCAUUACAACUGCCUACAGAGCCGCUCCCUUCACUUAAUACGCUAUACAGUCAAGUUAAUAAUGCUGGGCAUAUUCGCGACGCUAUGGACCUCUCAAACUUCUUAAAUCCAGCAGAUGAAUCACUACAAGAGGGGGAAUACAAUGGCAGCAACGAUGAUAUAUUACAAGAGGUUCUAGCACAAUAUAUACAAGAGGAUACUCAAGAUGAAGAGGAGGAGCAACCUGAACAGCCAGUGUACUCAAUGCAGGCCGCUCAGCAAGCUCUCCAAGUUCUAAUUGGGUAUGCAGAGUCUGAAGAUGGGGUUGAUACAGCACAUUUAUGCUCAUUUGAGCACUUUGAACGGUUUUUGACAGCGAAGCGGGCAUCACUACAGGCACAGGGCACAUUGGAUCAAUGGAUUAUGUAAUAGCUUGGCAUUUGAUAACUCGGUAUUCUUGAUAAGUCUAUAUAUUUCAGCUGCACGGAU